GGCAAGAGGGGGCGGAUCGCUGAGAGGUUGUUGGCCAAGAUGGCGGUAGUGGUCGCUGCGGCCAGGUUCUGGGGGCCAAGCCGAGGCCUGGGCCAGGCUGCCCUCCUGGCGCUGCGGCGGCCCGGAGCUCGGGGGCUGGCUAGAUCUCACCCCCACAGGCAGCAGCAGCAGCAGUUCUCAUCUCUGGAGGACAAGCCUCAGUUCCCAGGGGCCUCGGCAGAGUUCAUAGACAAACUGGAAUUCAUCCAGCCCAAUGUCAUCUCCGGAAUCCCCAUCUACCGCGUCAUGGACCGGCAGGGCCAGAUCAUCAACCCCAGCGAGGACCCCCAACUGCCCCAGGAGCAAGUCCUGAAGUUCUACAAGAGCAUGACGCUGCUCAACACCAUGGACCGCAUCCUCUAUGAGUCUCAGCGGCAGGGCCGGAUCUCCUUCUACAUGACCAACUACGGCGAGGAGGGGACGCACGUGGGGAGCGCAGCGGCCCUGGACAACACGGACCUGGUUUUUGGCCAGUACCGGGAGGCAGGUGUGCUGAUGUACCGCGACUACCCCCUGGAACUGUUCAUGGCUCAGUGCUACGGCAACGUGAGUGACCCUGGCAAGGGGCGCCAGAUGCCCGUCCACUACGGUUGCAAGGAGCGCCACUUCGUCACCAUCUCCUCUCCACUGGCCACGCAGAUCCCUCAGGCGGUGGGGGCGGCCUACGCGGCCAAGCGGGCCAACGCCAACAGGGUGGUCAUCUGUUACUUCGGCGAGGGGGCAGCCAGCGAGGGGGACGCCCACGCCGGCUUCAACUUCGCCGCCACACUUGAGUGUCCCAUCAUCUUCUUCUGCCGGAACAAUGGCUACGCCAUCUCCACGCCCACCUCCGAGCAGUACCGCGGGGAUGGCAUUGCGGCACGAGGCCCUGGGUACGGCCUCAUUUCCAUCCGCGUGGACGGCAACGAUGUAUUCGCCGUGUACAACGCCACAAAGGAGGCCCGGCGGCGGGCUGUUGCGGAGAACCAGCCCUUCCUCAUCGAGGCCAUGACCUACAGGAUCGGGCACCACAGCACCAGUGAUGACAGCUCUGCCUACCGCUCCGUGGAUGAGGUCAAUUACUGGGACAAGCAGGACCACCCCAUCUCCCGGCUGAGGCGCUACCUGCUGGGCCGAGGCUGGUGGGACGACGAGCAGGAGAAGGCCUGGAGGAAGCAGUCCCGCAAGAGGGUGAUGGAGGCCUUUGAGCAGGCCGAGCGGAAGCUGAAGCCCAACCCCAACCUGCUCUUCUCAGAUGUGUAUCAAGAGAUGCCUGUCCAGCUCCGCAAGCAGCAGGAGUCCCUGUCCCGUCACCUGCAGACCUACGGGGAGCACUACCCCCUGGACCACUUUGAGAAGUGAGGCCCAGUCACUGUACCCCACCCACCUUCAGCCACCCAGCAAGGCAGCCCCACUCAGGGGAGCGGGGAGAGCUGGCAGGACACUGCCCCUUCCCCAUCCAGCUCCGUCUGAAUACCCAGGGGCCAGGUGGCGCCUGAGACCAUAACAGGUGGCUCCCACUCCCUAGUCCUGCCCCUCCAGACUGUUACAUGGGGGGUGGCGGCGUUUGUAGCGGUUGCUGAGGCUCUGUCAGCCCCAGUUCAACUGUUGCUACUGUGCCUUCCCCCAGGGCUGGGUGGGUAAGGGUGCCUGCAGGCCUAGCGGCCCCUGGGUUUGAGGUGGGCGUGGCAGGCGGAACCUGCUGAGCGUGUGCGUGCAUGGUGGUCAGCAGAGAAGCUGAAUAAAAACUGUCUCUGCAUCUGG